UUUGUGUCGUUUGGACAGAAAAAUGACAAGCCUUUAAAUUAAAACUUUUGAUCUUUUAUUUUGAACAGAGAGGAGAACUUUCAACCGGAAGUUGCAAUAUUUUGAUAGCGUCCUGUGGUGGAGGCGCGAAAGUCGAACGUCCUGAGAAAUGCGGUCAUUUAUACACACAGUGGCUGAACAACUUUUGCAAGAUAUUCAGAAAACGUACCGAGCAACGUCACACAUUCCAGAUGACCUACUCCUUGCCCUGAAGUUUGUCUUCGGACCGUGUGUGUUACAGGCGCUAAAUCUGGUUGACCAGCGUUCAGUCACGUGUGUCUCAUCUCCUAGUGGAUGCCAGGUCUUCCAGGUUGUCAGCGCAUCAGGACGUUUGUACACUUGCAUUAUUUCCUGUCACUAUUGCCCGUGCCCGGCCUUCGCUCACACUGUGCUCCGCAAAAAUGAAGGACUGUUGUGCAAACACAUCUUGGCUGUCUACCUCUCUGAGGCCAUGGCUGUGACGCAGCAGGAGAGUGUGACUGACCAGCAGAUGACCAUGCUGCUACGCAGGACAUCAACUCCCUGAAACCCAGGGACAGCAGUGACAUCAGCAGCUUAGUGACAAGUGACUGAACAAACAGAGCACAGCCUCAAGAUCCCAGCUGCGACCAUCCGAGUGAAGGCCAAGGGUCUCCGAGGGCAAUGACAUGCGCAAUAAACUGAAUGACUGCAUUGAGACUGGGAUUUCACAGGCAAGUAGAUACAUGUGUGCCAGAACACUGAAGGCCGGGGAGGGGGCAAAAUAAAUCCAAAAUGGCUAGACAUCAUCUAGUGUGCAAUGAUACAGACACAGUAUAAAUGUUUUGAUGUGAUGAAAUACGCCUAUAAAUAGAACCUUGACGUCCUUUCUUCCUGAGCUUUUGUCUAGAGAAACGUGUGUGUGUGUGUGUGUGUGUGUUUUGCCGAACAACUUUAUGGUUCUGUGUGACCAGAAGAAAUCAAUGUUUUUCCAUAGAAAAUGCUGGUUCUGAAUCUUGGUCAUCGGGGUCACAGGACAUUUCAGUGACCCAUGGCUUUAAGA